AUGUCGACCUCGACCCGACUCUUCCGCUUCCCAAAGCCUGCAUGGCUCAACAGCGCCAACACGCGGACUGCAGGCGUCUACCUAGCAGGAGCAUUUUUCUCCCUCGGCUUUUUCUUCUUCAUCGACGCCAGCGUCUUCUCCAAAUCCCCCUUGAACGGCUCAACCGUCCACGUCACCUUCGUCGACUGGAUCCCAUUCAUCUGCUCGGCGCUGGGGAUGCUGGUGAUCAACAGCAUUGAAAAAUCACGCCUGUCGGCCGACAGUUUUUCUUACUCCGGCAACGGAGUCGCUUGGAAGGCUCGCACCGUGCUGUUUCUCGGGUUUGCGCUUAUGGCCGGUGGCCUUGCGGGCAGUGUGACGGUUAUGGUGUUGAAGUAUUUAUUCAAGGAUUACGCGUUGCGAACGGUCUAUAUGGGCGUCGCGAAUGUCGUCGCCAAUGGGUUGGUUAUGUUGAGCUCGGUCAUCUUGUGGGUCAGUCAGAAUAUGGAGGAUGAUUAUACGUAUAAUUUGCAGUUGUGA